AUGAAACUAACACCUACACUGUGUGAUCUCUGCCAUCAGCAACAACCUUCUUUCUACUGUUCUUCCGACUCCGCUUUCCUUUGCUCCGACUGCGAUUCUCAUGUUCACGCCGCCAACUUCCUCGUUGCUCGUCACAUCCGUCUUUCCCUUUGCUCUCACUGCAAAUCCUUCCAUGACAUGAAUUCCUCCUCUUCAUCUUCAUCUUCAUCUUCAUCUUCAUCUGCAUCUUCCUCUUGUAUCUCGGGUAACAACUGCUCCACCAAGAUGACGACGGUGGUUUCCGACUGGAAGACGAGGGAUUUGCUGGUGAAUUGGUGUACGAGGCUCGGGGUUAGUGGUGGCGUAAGAGAGGUGGCGAGACUUGCUUUUGAAUCGUGGUUGGCGUAUAGGUGGGUAUGGCCGUAUCGGGUGGGGUUGGCCGCUUCCCUUUGGCUGGGAAUGAUGAGAUGUACAAAGGACGAUGAGAAGAAGAGGAUAAGAAUGCGUAGCUUACUGAGCAAGUUAGAGGAGAUCUCCGGUGUGCCGGCGAGGUCGAUUUUGGUGGCGGAAUCAAAACUUGCGAGCAUGUUGAAGAUGAUGAAACAUCGGCGAGGCCAGCAACAUGAUCAGGAGUCUGUGGAGGAGGGCUGGGCUGAAUGCUGA